AUGUCUCCACAAGCAGACUGCAACAUAAAAUAUAAUUCUGAGCGCGAACUGCUGAGCUCAGAUGGUUGAAGUGACAGAGGAUGAUAUUCUACAAACACCACCAUCCCACCACCCUUGAUAACACCCCUCGUCUCUCCUCUAAAACCCCCAAUCCUCCCUGUGUCCCCCAGUCAUGACCCCCCGGGCGAAGUACACGUUGGUCGGGGAGGUGAUACGUCACGUCAUCCCUUUGCCCACACAGUGCUCCAUAUGGUGUGGAGGUCUGAACUGCAAGUAUGAGAACCCUGACUGCUGGAGCGAGGACAAGCAGGCCAUCAAAGGCCUCUACUCCUCCUGGUAGGAAUCAGAAAGGCUCUAUGAAAAUGUGUAUGUUGAAUGUAAAUGGAUUAUACCCAUAAGUUUAAUGCAGAAACAUGCCUUUCUUUUCAGGGUCACGGAGAACCUACUUGCCAUGGCCAGGCCCUCUACUGCAUUAAUAGAAAAGUACAACAUCAUUGACCAAUUUAAAAGGUAAUUUAAUAGACCUACUAUUUCUGGGUUUGCUCUCCUCAUAAAUCAGUUCAAUACAGCUAGUAAAUAUAAAAUAAUAGAUGUGUGUAUGUAUGUGUAUAUAUAUAUAUACAGUGGGGGGAAAAAGUAUUUAGUCCCCCAAUGUGAGUUCUCCCAUUAAAUGAGAUGUAGGACAGGCCUGUAAUGUUCUCACGAAGUACACGUCAACUGUUGCCGCGAUAAUGGGAAACAAUCAGAAAACCAUGCAGAUAUUAAUUUAUUUAUUUGCAAAUUAUGGUGGAAAAAGUAUUUGGUCAAUAACAAAGUUUCAUCCAAUACUUUGUUAUAUACCCUUGUGGCAAUGACAAGGUACAACGUUUUCUGUAAGUCUUCAAAGGUUUUCACACACUGUUGCUGGAUUUUGGCCCCAUUCUCCAAAUGCAGAUCUCCUCUAGAGCAGUGAUGUUGUGUGGGCUGUCGCUGGGCAAAAACGGACUUUCACUCCCUCCAAAGAUUUUCUAUGGGGUUGAGAUCUGGAGACUGGCUAGGCCACUCCAGGACCUUGAAAUGCUUCUUACGAAGCCACUCCUUCGUUGCCCGGGCGGUGUGUUUGGGAUCAUUGUCAUGCUGAAAGACCCAGCCACGUUUCAUCUUCAAUGCCCUUGCUGAUGGAAGGAGGUUUUCACUCAAAAUCUCACGAUACAUGGCCCCAUUCAUUCUUUCCUUUACACGGAUCAGUCGUCCUGGUCCCUUUGCAGAAAAACAGCCCCAAAGCAUGAUGUUUCCACCCCCAUGCUUCACAGUAGGUAUGGUGUUCUUUGGAUGCAACUCAGCAUUCUUUGUCCUCCAAACACGACGAGUUGAGUUUUUACCAAAAAGUUAUAUUUUGGUUUCAUCUGACCAUAUGAUAUUCUCCCAAUCGUCUUCUGGAUCAUCCAAAUGCACUCUAGCAAACUUCAGACGGGCCUGGACAUGUACUGGCUUAAGCAGGGGGACACGUCUGGCACUGCAGGAUUUGAGUCCCUGGCGGCGUAGUGUGUUACUGAUGGUAGGCUUUGUUACUUUGGUCCCAGCUCUCUGCAGGUCAUUCACUAGGUCCCCCCAUAUGGUUCUGGGAUUUUUGCUCACCGUUCUUUUGAUCAUUUUGACCCCACGGGGUGAGAACUUGCGUGGAGCCCCAGAUCGAGGGAGAUUAUCAGUGGUCUUGUAUGUCUUCUAUUUCCUAAUAAUUGCUCCCACAGUUUAUUUCUUCAAACCAAGCUGCUUACCUAUUGCAGAUUCAGUCUUCCCACCCUGGUGCAGGUAUACAAUUUUGUUUCUGGUGUCCUUUGACAGCUCUUUGGUCUGGGCCAUAGUGGAGUUUGGAGUGUGACUGUUUGAGGUUGUGGACAGGUGUCUUUUAUACUGAUAACAAGUUCAAACAGGUGCCAUUAAUACAGGUAACGAGUGGAGGACAGAGGAGCCUCUUAAAGAAGAAGUUACAGGUCUGUGAGAGCCAGAAAUCUUGCUUGUUUGUAGGUGACCAAAUACUUAUUUUCCACCAUAAUUUGCAAAUAAAUUCAUUAAAAAUCCUACAAUGUGAUUUUCUGUAUUUAUUUUUCUCAAUUUGUCUGUCAUAGUUGACGUGUACCUAUGAUGAAAAUGACAGGCCUCUCUCAUCUUUUUAAGUGGGAGAACUUGCACAAUUGGUGGCUGACUAAAUACUUUUUUUCCCCACUGUAGAUGUGGCCUGAAGACUGUGAUAAACCUGCAGAGACCAGGGGAACACGCCAGCUGUGGUCCCAACACACUGGAACCAGAGAGUGGAUUCUCCUACCGACCUGAGGUGUUGAUGGAGAAUGACAGUAAGUUUAUGACUUUCUCUACAAUGAGGAAAACUAAAGAAGGCCAAGGCAAACAUACAAUGAGAAUGGUUAAAUAAUGACUGUCCUUAUACUCUAGUAUAUUUCUAUAACUUUGGAUGGAAUGACUAUGGGGUGGCCUCCCUCACAUCCAUCCUGGACAUGGUGAAAGUUAUGUCCUUUGCGAUUCAGGAGGGGAAAAUGGCUGUCCACUGUCAUGCUGGUCUGGGAAGAACAGGUAAUGUAGUAUAGGACAAAAAGGUUUAUGACAGUCACAGUAAUCAAAUGACUAUGCUUUGUGGUCACGACUGACCAUCACGCUGAUGGUUUUGCAUGUGUCUUCUCUCAGGUGUGUUGUUAGCGUGUUACCUGGUCUUCGCCACCAGGAUGACCGCUGACCAGGCCAUCGUGUUUGUACGUUCCAAACGUCCCAACUCCAUCCAGACCAGAGGUCAGCUGUAUUGCGUGCGGGAGUUUGCCCAGUUCCUGGUCCCCGUCAGGAGUAUUUUCUCCUGUGCUGAGCCCAGGACUAACCCAGUGACCCUGUCCCAGUUCCUGACCCGCCAGGGACACAUGCUGCACGGCUAUGAGCGCCGGGAGCUCAGGCACCUGCCCAAGAUCAUCCAGGUGAUCUGCAAGCUGCUGCUGGACAUCGCUGAGCACUCUCAGGUCAUCGAGGAGGACAUGCUGGACAUCCCUGACAUGACGGCCGAGGAGGAGAUGGAGUUUGAGCGCUACCGCGACUUUGGCUUCACCAAGGGUAGCUUCGGGGGAGGCAGCAUGGGGGGCCAGCCCCGCUUACCGGGACCCCCAACCAAACACCGACACGCCAACGAACCGGCCCUCUUCUACCACCGCAAGAGCCUGAGCUACAGCGAGUCGGACCUGCAGAGGCUAGGCUGUGAGCUCCAUCUGCUGACCCAACCUCUCUCCAACUCUCUGUCCUCUAGCAACGUGCCUGUGGCCUGUUCUCCCUCCCUGAACUCCCUGCCUAGAACCCUGGCCACAGGCAGCCACGUCACCACCACAUACAGCUCCCAAAAUGGAUCCCUCCCCCAUGGGUCCCUCUGGGAGCAGAAGAGCCUGGCGGAGGGAUCCCCACUCCUAAAGAAGAGUCAGAAAGCCUGCCAGCGCAGCGAGUCCGAGUGCCACCCCAAGCAGAAAACGUUUGGCAGCAUGUUGUUAAGCUGGAAGAAGAAGCAGAGGGAGAAGUUAGCAAACAAUGUGAAUGUGUCUCAGAUAGAGGAGUCAGAGGUGCCCUUCAUCACCAUCCAGACAGAGCUGUCCAAGGAGGCCAGGCGGCAGCUGGUGGCCCAGGCUCUGGCUGUGGAUCUGGAGCUGGAUGGAGAGGAGGAGCACAGGGAGAGACUCCACGCCUGGCAGGUAGGAACUCCAUAUUCAAUCCCAUCAUUUAAAAAAUACUGUACAUACAAUAUAACAAUCUCGAUAUACUGAAAUAUUAUAAGACGUGAUGGUACUUAUAGAGUAACAUAGCACAAUUGACGAAUCAUGUUUACCUGAACCUUAUCUGACAACUACAUUUGUACAUACAGUGAGGGAAAAAAGUAUUUGAUCCCCUGCUGAUUUUGUACGUUUGCCCACUGACAAAUAAAUGAUCAGUCUAUAAUUUUAAUGGUAGGUUUAUUUGAACAGUGAGAGACAGAAUAACAACAACAAAAUCGAGAAAAACGCAUGUCAAAAAUUUUAUAAAUUGAUUUGCAUUUUAAUGAGGGAAAUAAGUAUUUGACCCCUCUGCAAAACAUGACUUAGUACUUGGUGGCAAAACCCUUGUUGGCAAUCACAGAGGUCAGACGUUUCGUGUAGUUGGCCACCAGGUUUGCACACAUCUCAGGAGGGAUUUUGUCCCACUCCUCUUUGCAGAUCUUCUUCAAGUCAUUAAGAUUUUGAGGCUGACGUUUGGCAACUCGAACCUUCAGCUCCCUCCACAGAUUUUCUAUGGGAUUAAGGUCUGGAGACUGGCUAGGCCACUCCAGGACCUUAAUGUGCUUCUUCUUGAGCCACUCCUUUGUUGCCUUGGCCGUGUGUUUUGGGUCAUUGUCAUGCUGGAAUACCCACCCACGACCCAUUUUCAAUGCCCUGGCUGAGGGAAGGAGGUUCUCAACUAAGAUUUGAUGGUACAUGGCCCCAUCCAUCGUCCCUUUGAUGCGGUGAAGUUGUCCUGUCCCCUUAGCAGAAAUACACCCCCAAAGCAUAAUGUUUCCACCUCCAUGUUUGACGGUGGGGAUGGUGUUCUUGGGGUCAUAGGCAGCAUUUUUCCUCCUCCAAACACGGCGAGUUGAGUUGAUACCAAAGAGCUCGAUUUUGGUCUCAUAUGACCACAACACUUUCACCCAGUUCUCCUCUGAAUCAUUCAGAUGUGCAUUGGCAAACUUCAGAUGGCCCUUUUAUAUGUGCUUUCUUGAGCAGGGCGACCUUGCGGGCGCUGCAGGAUUUCAGUCCUUCACGGCGUAGUGUGUUACCAAUUGUUUUCUUGGUGACUAUGGUCCCAGCUGCCUUGAGAUCAUUGACAAGAUCCUCCCGUGUAGUUCUGAGCUGAUUCCUCACCGUUCUCAUGAUCAUUGCAACUCCACGAGGUGAGAUCUUGCAUGGAGCCCCAGGCCGAGGGAGAUUGACAGUUAUUUUGUGUUUCUUCCAUUUGCGAAUAAUCGCACCAACUGUUGUCACCUUCUCACCAAGCUGCUUGGAGAUGGUCUUGUAGCCCAUUCCAGCCUUGUGUAAGUCUACAAUAUUGUCCCUGACAUCCUUGGAUAGCUCUUUGGUCUUGGCCAUGGUGGAGAGUUUGGAAUCUGAUUGAUUGAUUGCUUCUGUGGACAGGUGUCUUUUAUACAGGUAACAAGCUGAGAUUAGGAGCACUUCCUUUAACAGUGUGCUCCUAAUCGCAGCUCGUCACCUGUAUAAAAGACACCUGGGAGCCAGAAAUCUUUCUGAUUGAGAGAGGGUCAAAUACUUAUUUCCCUCAUUAAAAUGCAAAUCAAUUUAUAACAUUUUUGACAUGCGUUUUUUCUGGAUUGUUUUGUUAUUCUGUCUCUCACUCUUCAAAUAAACCUACCAUUAAAAUUAUAGACGGAUGAUUUCUUUGUCAGUGGGCAAACGUACAAAAUCAGCAGGGGAUCAAAUACUUUUUUCCCUCACUGUAAAGGAAAUUCAUAUAGGUUUGAUUUUCCUUUUUGAUACUGCAGUGCCAUUAGGUUAGCUCCACUAGGCCUUUUGUGUGCUUGGGCGGCACUGAUUUGUCUAUUCUGUAUGUGAUUGCAGUCCGGGUUAAACAUGGGAGGGGCGUGGGAGAGGCUGUGUACAUUGGAGAAGGACCCAUUUGUGCUCUCUGGGCUCAUGUGGACCUGGCUGGAGCAGCUGAAGGAGCCAGUCAUCUCCGUCAAGGAUGUACAAAAACUGGACCUUAACGACAGUGACCCUGCAAACCCAGAGGCUGUCUUCAAACCACUGGACCAGGUCAGCAGCACUUAUUGUAAGCCACAUCAGGGCUUCUCACUCUUGGCCCAAUCCUACUGUACAUGAUAGAUCUACCACAGAAAACUUGGAAUUACUAAAUACUGUGUGAAUCUACUGACUACUUCUGUUCAGUUAACCUAUUCAUUUGGGGGCCGGCAGCUGCCUAGAGGUUAGAGGAGCAGCAGCCGAAAGCCCCGGGCAGGGCAACACAAAAAUGGGAAUGGAACUGAACUGGCAGCUGGAAGGCUGCUGGUCUCUGAUCCAAUGGACUAUCUACCUUGAGCAAGGCACUUAACCCCACAUAAUUGUUCCCCAUCCAGGGGCACUGCACUGUUUCUGGGGGUGUUGGGAAAGGCAGAAGACACAUUUUUGUUCAACAAUAGUUGUUUUUUAAUCUAUUUGAUCACACCCCCUCCAGGCUCCCAGGGAGAUGUUGGUGUGCAUUCUGGACUGUAUGGCUCAUGUUCUCACAAUACCAGAAGAGGUGGAGGCUGCUUUCCUGGAGCGCACCAUCAAGGCUUUCACAAAGGUAGAAUACUAGAUGAUGUAGCGUUCUCCCUUUUAACCACAGUCGUUUUUUAAAAGUUUCAAUGGGUAUAAACAGCUUUUUUGACUCUUCACAGAUGGGAAAAAUGCUCAGCGGUGUAUCCGGCCUUGGCAGAGAUCCUCAAGCUGGUCCUACAUGACAUGAGGUUUACAGCCAUAGAGGAGGAUGAGGUACCAUUUAUGCCUCCCGUCCCUAUGAUUCUGAUCCCAUAGCCCUGCUGGAUUCUGUUCCAGACCGUCCCUAUGAUGCUGAUCCCAUAGCCCUGCUGGAUUCUGUUCCAGACCGUCCCUAUGAUUCUGAUCCCAUAGCCCUGCUGGAUUCUGUUCCAGACCGUCCCUAUGAUGCUGAUCCCAUAGCCCUGCUGGAUUCUGUUCCAGACCGUCCCUAUGAUUCUGAUCCCAUAGCCCUGCUGGAUUCUGUUCCAGACCGUCCCUAUGAUUCUGAUCCCAUAGCCCUGCUGGAUUCUGUUCCAGACCGUCCCUAUGCAUAG